UAUUUCAGUAUAAAUAAAGAGAUGUUUUCUGUUCUUAUAGAAAAAUAAAUAUAAUUUAUUUUAUUUUUUUUAUGAUAUAGACGAAAUUUGAGAGUUCAAGGUCACAACUCUCCUCCAGAAAAUGGCAUUGGCUUAUCAGAUAUUCUUAAGGGGCCUUCAAGGUCAAAGACAAUUGCUGUGCGCUACACCAUGUAUAAACAGUGUGAUACAGAAACGAGGACUUUUCUACAAGAAGAGAACAUACUGGAAAAAAGAAUACCUUCAAUGGCUUUACCAUGAUUAUAUGUUGAAUUUGCAAGAAAUAAAGUCCUAUCUCAACAAGAGACAUUUUGAGGACAUUAAAGAAUUUCAGAGCUUUGAUGGAUCAAGAGUGACAAAAUUAGGGCCAGACCUAGCUCUGGCUGAAGUGAUCAUAAGACUUGGUGGGAAGGUGAAGUUUGUUGAUGACAAUAUUUGGUAUCAGAAGUUUGAAAGUGGUGCUUCUCCAAUCCCUACAGAGUACCAGGAAGGCUACCGUGUUGAGGGAAUUGAUGCUUCAAAUGUUAUCUUGCUUUAUGAUUGUCUGGAAUUUUUCAAUUAUCUUGACCAUGUUCGCUUCAUACGUUUAUCAAAGAGUAAAUAUGUGGAUGACUGGUACAUAGAGAAGAUCUCAGAGAUUUGUCCCAACAUUGAGGCACUAGAUAUAAGUGACUGUCCAAAAAUAACUGAUAAUGGACUUGAGCUUAUCCAUCGUUUUAAAAAUCUUAAAGUUGUUGACAUCACAAACUGUCACAAGAUCAAGUGCAGUGAAGUCAUAUGUGCUCAUUUGGAAGACUUCUGUCCUGGUCUCACAGUGAUUGGACUUGAUUCACUUUCAAAACUACAGGGAAGUGAAGGGUUACAUGACCAUGAACUUGAAACCAGUAGAUAUAUGAACUGGGGAUUGAUAAUGAACAAUAGACUUGGACUGAAGAAUCAGAUACAUUUUGAAAAGUUCCUGGAGUCACAGAUGGAAAAAUUGGGAAUUGAAGGAGAGAAAAAGAAGGAACCUGCACAAUUAGGAGAAAGCAAAGAGAAUGAUACAUCAACUAGUAAAGUGGACCUUGAACAUUUUGAUUCAGAACAUAUUACUGCAGAAUCUGUGAAUAGAUGACAUGUCUACAACUUAAAGUGUUCAGUUUAAGGUAUCAUGACAAAGUUUUCCAACCAGGAAGCCAGGGAAAGCUAUACUAUGGCAUGUUUUUCUAACACGGAGAACCGUUUUAUUUUAUUAUAUUUUCAGAAUCUUUGAAUUUUAGCCGAUACUUAACAUUGUAACAUUCACAAUUACACACAUGUUAUGUCACAGUAUAUCUAAGAUAUGAAGAAGAUCUGAAAAUUAAAUUGAAACAGAAUAUCUUGAACAUGAUAGACCACCAUUUUGAAUCAAAGUUAUGAUUAUAAAUCUGUAGUAAAGGCAUUACUUUCAAGAUCAACACAGAACAAAAAAAUGGGACAUAUUAUAUAAUGGUGUGUGCAUCUAUCUGUUUGUCUGUCUGCCUGUCUGUCUGUCAGUCAUACUUCAUAUCAGGAAUAGCAUAAUAACUAUUCAAGUUAUUGACUUUAAACUUGGCAUGUAGGUAGAUGGCUGCAAAGCAUGUUAACAGGGUUGAGGUCACAAUUUGAGCUCAAAUUGUCAAAUCUUACCUUUGUAUUUUGUGACCAGAGCACAACUUAAAAUGCAUUCAUGGUAUUGACUUAAGACUUGGCAAAUAGGUAGGUGGCGAUGUUAUGGUAUGUAAAACACAUGAAUGGGGUCAGUAGAUCACAAGUUGAUGUCUGAGAUCAAAUCUGUUUGUCAUAUCUGGUUACCCAAAGCAUAACUUGAAAAGCUAUUCAAGGUAUUGACUUGAAAAGGCGGUGAUGAGAUAAAAUGCAGAAUGCAACAAUCCACAUUACUCUGCAACCCUCCCCCAAUUUUUAGCUCACCUGUCACAUAGUGACAAGGUGAGCUUUUGUGAUCACCCGUCGUCCGUCGUCAAUCCGUGAGUGUGUCCGUCCGUCCGUCCGUCAACAAUUUCUUGUCUGCACGAUAGUGCUUUCAUUUAUGAUUUUAUUUUAACCAAACUUGCACACAACUUGUAUCACCAUAAGAGCUCGGUUCCUUUCUUGAACUGGCCAGAUCCCACUAUGGGUUCAAAAGUUAUGGCUCCUGAAAGGGCCAAAAUCAGCUAUUUUGACCUUGUCUGCACAAUAGCAGCUUUAUUUAUGUCUCCCCCAGGAGACAUAUUGUUUUUGCCCUGUCCGUCCGUCCGUCCUUCCAUCCGUCCGUCCGUACGUCAUACUUCAUUUCCGAGCAAUAACUGGAGAACCAUUUGACCUAGAACCUUCAAACUUUAUAGGGUUGUAGGACUGCUGGAGUAGACGACCCCUAUUGUUUUUGGGGUCACUCUGUCAAAGGUCAAGGUCACAGGGGCCUGAACAUUGAAAACCAUUUCUGACCAAUAACUAGAGAACCACUUGACCCAGAAUGUUGAAACUUCAUAGGAUGAUUUGUCAUGAAAAGUAGAUGACCCCUAUUGAUUUUGGGUCACUCCGUCAAGGUCACAGGGGCCUGAACAUUGAAAACCAUUUCCGAUCAAUAACUAGAGAACCACUUGACCCAGAAUGUUGAAACUUCAUAGGAUGAUUGGUCAUGAAGAGUAGAUGACCCCUAUCGAUUUUGGGGUCACUCCAUCAAAGGUCAAGGUCACAGGGGCCUGAACAUUGAAAACCAUUUCCGAUCAAUAACUACAGAACCACUUGACCCAGAAUGUUGAAACUUCAUAGGAUGAUUGAUCAUGAAGAGUAGAUGACCCCUAUUGAUUUUGGGGUCACUCCAUCAAAGGUCAAGGUCACAGGGGCCUGAACAUGGAAAACCAUUUCCGAUCAAUAACUGGAGAACCACUUCACCCAGAAUGUUGAAACGUCAUAGGAUGAUUGUACAUGCAAAGUAGAUGACCCCUAUCGAUUUUGGGGUCACUCCAUUAAAGGUCAAGGUCACAGGGGCCUGAACAUUGAAAACCAUUUCUGGUCAGUAACUUGAGAACCACUUGACCCAGAAUGUUGAAACUUCAUAGGAUGAUUGGUCAUGCGGAGUAGAUGACCCCUAACGAUUUUGGGGUCACUUUGUGAAAGGUCAAGGCCACAGGGGCCUGAACAUUGAAAACAAUUUCCGGUCAGUAACUUGAGAACCACUUGACCCAGAAUGAUAAAACUUCAUAGGAUGAUUGGUCAUGCAGAGUAGAUGACCCCUAACAAUUCUGGGGUCACUCUGUUAAAGGUCAAGGCCACAGGGGCCUGAACAUGGAAAACCAUUUCCAAUCAAUAACUUGAGAACCUCUCGACCCAGAAUGUUGAAACUUCAUAGUAUGAUUGUUCAUACAGAGUAAAUGACCCCUAUUGUUUUUGGGGUCACUCCAUUAAGGUCAAGGUCACAGGGGCCUGAACAUUGCUAACCAGUUCCGAUCAAUAACUUGAGAACCACUUGACCCAGAAUGUUGAAACUUCAUAGGAUGAUUGAACAUGCAGAGUAGAUGACCCCUAAUGAUUUUGGAGUCAGUCAAUUAAAGGUCAAGGUCACAGUGGCCUGUUCAUGUAAAAUCAUUUUUUGGAAAUAACUUGAGAACCACUUGACCUACAAUGUUGAAACUUUAUAGGAUGAUUGGACAUGCAGAGUAGAUGACCCCUAUUUAUUUUGAGGUCACUUGAUCAAAGGUCAAGGUCACAGGAGCCUGAACAGUGACUUGAGAACCACUAGGCCAUGAGUGUUGAAAUUUAGCGGGAUGACUGGACAUGCCAAGUAGCUGAUCCCUAUUGCAGCCAACCAUCAGUGUCUCUUUGACUUUCGCUCCUGACCCCUAUUGACUUCUUGCCUAUAGGACAUUUGGGGAGACAUGCGCUUUUUUACAAAAGCAUUUUCUAGUUAUGAUUUGAUUUUUACCAAACUGGCACACAACUUGUAUCACCAUAAGAUCUUUGUUCCUUUCUUGAACUGGCCAGAUCCCAUUAUGGGUUCCAGAGUUAUGGCCCCUGAAAGGGCCAAAAUUAGCUAUUUUGACCUUGUCUGCACAAUAGCAACUUCAUUUAUGAUUUGCUUUUAACCAAACUUGCACACAACUUGUAUCACCACAAGAUCUUGGUUCCUUUCUUGAACUGGCCAGAUUCCAUGAUGGGUUCCAGAGUUAUGGCCCCUUAAAGGUCCAAAAUUGGCUAUUUUGGCUUUUGCAGCCAUAUAGAGACUUCAUUUAUGGUUUUAUUUGAUACAAACUUUCAAAAUAUCUUCAACAACAAUAAAUCUUGGAUUCCAUGACAACUCAGAUCCAAUCGUAGGUUCCAGAGUUAUUUUAUAUCUGAUUACCUCCCCUGCUUGUAGUCAAAAUGGAUUUAUAUCAGUAAGUACUUAUAGGACUUAUUUGAAAUUUCAUUAAAAAAUAUUGUCAUUAGUUGGACUGAACCAAUCAGGGUAGAUAACUAUGGACUGAUUUUAUGUCAAAUUACCUCCCUUUAUUUCAAAUUAAAAUGGGUAUAUCUCUGUAACUAAUGAAGAUAGUGAUCUGAAAUUUCAUUAUGUCAACAGAUUUAUUUGGCAGAUCCUUCUUUUGUUCACUUACAAUAAUUUUCUUUUUAACUACUUCCCUUUUACGUUACUAUAAAUAGCUUAUUUUAGUAACUUUUUUAUUAUUGGCCGUAGGGAAAAACCGAGACCACUUUUUUGUGGUAUAACAUGGAUGGUACCUCCAAUUUUUAGGUGUAUUUUGACAUAUCUGUACCUUGUAAGAAUUUUUUAUUUCUUUUUGGUUAAAUUUCUUUCCUUUGUUGUUCCUGUCCUUUGGACUUAGAUAUUUUUCCUGAGGACCUUCUUGUCCUCAAGUGCAAUGAUAACAGGUGAGCGAUAUAGGGCCAUCAUGGCCCUCUUGUUUUAGUUUUAGUUUCCUAUGCCUUAAUAUCACUGCUGCCAUACAAAACCCCAAUCCGGCCCCAACCCCACCCACCACCCACAUUACCAACAAAAAGAAUUCUUAAAAUUUUACUCCAGCCUCCUAAAUCUAAAAUAUCAGGCAUAUAUUGCCUGGCUUUGCAAAGCUCAUAUUGCUAAUGUCAAAGUGAAGCAAUACCUUCUAAUAAACAAUGUUAGACAUUUAUAAAUAUGAUAAUGAUACAGAAAUGAAAUUUACAAUUUGCUAAAACGGAAAUUUUGCCGAGUUGUUUCUGUAGAAAACUUGCAAGAUUUAAAAUGAUUAAAUUGAUUCUAAUCAGAGCAUUAUUUGCAUGUAUAAUUGCUUGAAAACUUGUUGAGUUAUUUGAAAAGUUUUGAAAAUAAAAAGCUUCAAUGUUAAUAAAUAGUAUUUGAUUUAUUUUGUUGACUGGUAAUGAUGUAUACUGAUAAAUCAGUUGAAGUUUA